AUGAUUAGGAUUAGGAAUUAUGCUGGUUCACGAAUACAUGCAUUACGAGGUGUUCGCAAUUUGAGAAUAUGGCUAGACAAUUUUUGUAUAUUUUAUGGAGAGAUUUGCUGCGCCGUUGGUAAUUCAACGACGGGAGAUACAAUUUUAUUUACAACUAACGAAGAAAUUCUUGCAAAAAUUGCAGAACACGAUGAACAAAUUUUACAAAUCCCUGAGCAACAGCAACAAGAUUCGCUGGGGGAUAGCAAUCAACAAAAUUUAACCAUUUUGGCUGCUUUACAACAAGCAGGAUUUGCGGCUGCUGGUAGAAUGGAACCUCUAGUACAAUCCAACGAAUUACCCUGCGUAACCGCCGCUCAUUUUCGCCCUACAACGGGUGGAUACAAUAAUAAUAUAGCCCCAUCAUCUGCCUCUCCUCCACGUCAAGUUCUUCCUGUCUCCGAUGGAGAAUGUUCUCUUUCUCUUCAAAAUAAUUUAAAUUCUGAUUUAAAUCAAAAAGAAAAAGAUAAAGGGGAGGAGGAGGAAAAUGAGGAAAAUUUAGCUGAUUUAGAUGAUAGUUGUGUUGGGAAGUUAUUCCACAUGGAGUUAGUAGAAAGUUGGGGAAGUGCUGACUCCAUAGGCCUCACAGGUGUUCAAUUUCUGGGUCCAGGAUUUGCUCCAAUAGACGACAACCUUGCUAAGGAGUGCGUGGUAAGGUGUGAACCUGUUGUAGUGGUUAAUGAAGAAAGGCAGCCAGCAAAGACGGGAGAUUUGAAUAAGUUGGAAAUUUUUAAAUUACAGCCGGACUCACUUAUGGGAUGCUCCCGUGGGGUUGAGAAUAUACUACCUUAUAAUGAGAGUAUUUUAAAUAGAAGUGUGUCUAAUAUUGGGUGUAUAUUGAAUAGAAGGUAUCUAAUAUUGGAUGUCUCUUAA